CAACGGUAAAAGGGCAGGGACGUCAAGUGAAAUACGUGUUUCGGUAAAAAGAAAUGUGAAGUCCGUGUUAGAUCUCGUGAAACCAGACGGGGAGUAUUAAUAAAACAAUCGUGUUAUUGUUUCUUUUGGUGGUGCGUUUAAGCAAAGAAUUGUCAGACUAGUCUAUUGCAUUGGUGUAUUAAUUUAUCGUUUAAAAAAGCGUUCGCGGGCCGUGUGUAGGAACAAAAGGGCUCGCUAGAGAUAUAGUCAGCUUUAAGAAGGUUAUAAUAUUUAUAAUACUUUACAAUGGCAGUUAGGUAGUUUUAACAGUUCGCUCAACACAUUCAUCAUCAUUGAGCAUAUUUCUAUCGAGCAGAAAAUGUAAAGGAAACAAUCAUAAUGAAGCCACAGAAGAAGGCAGCAGUUGCCCGGAAGGCAACAAAAAUGCCAACAAUUGCUAAAAAACGUCGCUCAUUUUUAGAGAAAUCUAUAUCUGAUAUAAGAAAAGAGAAAAAGUCUAAAAAGCUUGAAAAGGUGGAGGAUGUAAAAAAGAAAAUAGAAAGUGAAAAGAAAAAGUCAGAGAAAAUUGAAGAAAAAAAGAAAAUAGAGGAUAAGAAAAAACUUGAAGAAAAGCGAAAAGAAAAAUCAGAAAAAGUGGAUGAAAAAAAAAAGUACAUUAAAGAUCAUGAAAGAAAGUGGGAAAAAACAGAAGAAAAGAAAUUAGAUAAAAUGGAUGAAAAAAUUACUGAAGAGUAUACUUGUGAUGGUACAGAAAAAAAGAAAGUACAAAAAAUAGAAGAGAAAGCAAAAGUGGAUAAGCAGGUUACAGAAAAUAAGAAAAAGAUAGAAAAAGUGGAAGAUAAAAAGAAAAAUAGUAAACUUGAUGAUGAAAAUGUGGAAAAUCAAGCAAAAAUUUUAAAUAAUGCAGAGGAGAAUGAUUCACAUGAAGAAAAAUUAGAUACUUUUUGUUUUGUUGCUAAGAAAAAAUGUAAAGAUGAGAAAAAGAAAGAUACAAAAUUAAUUAAGCCAGAUAUUAAAGAAGGCAUGAAAAUAUCUGUGAUAAAGGAUAAAAAAACGGAACGUAAAAAACUUAUUGAGAAAGGUACAAUAAAUACUAAAAGUUCUUUAACACGAACUAAGAAGGAUUCUAAGGCAAAAUCAGUGCAAAAAAAAGGUAUUUCUAGGAAGACCGUUUUAGUAAAAAAAACACAUCUCUCAGUAGUUCAGAAGUUGGUGGAUAAAAAAAUUAAGUUAAACAAAUUGAUAAAAGAUGAAGAAGCAUCUGUAAGUGAGGAGGAUGAAGCAGUGAAAAGAACAAAGAGGAAAAAUGUUAAUAUUUCUAAAAGUAAAGUUAUGCAAGAAAAAAAACCAAAAUUAGCAAAACAUAUGAAAGCUAAGUUGCCUUCAAAAAAUAAUAAAAUAAGUACUGCAUUAAAGAAAGAUGAUAAACUUAAAACACUUGUAGAAAAAGUUGUACCUAAAAAGAAAUUGGAUAUAAAAGAAACAGAAAAAUCAUUAAAUGAACAUAAAAAGGUCAUAGGUAAAGAUGAAUCAAAUGAGGAAGUAGACACAACUGAUAUAAAAAGUGAAUUAGAAGAAGAUAAAGACAUUGAUAAAAGUUGUAUAGAAGAACAACCACAAUCAAAGUCACAAGAUAUGAAAAAGUCUGUUAAAAGUACUCCAAAAAUACAGAGAAAAGUAGUGAAAAAGAAGGCUGUAAAAGUACAAAUGGAGAACAUUAAUCAAAUAUUUUCUUCUUCUGAAGAAGUAUCCUCUGAGGAACCUGGUAAACAAAUCAAGGUGUGUGAAGAUAGUCUAAAUGAUACCAGUUUUUCUAAACAAGAGCAAAUUGAUAUGGAAAAUAUAGUUGACACAAAUUUGAAAGAUGAACCAGUUAAUAGAGACAAUACAAGUGGUAAUGCAUUAUCAUCAGAUUCAGAAGAUGAAAGUGAUGAUGAAGUAAAAAAAAAUAAACAGAAGGACAUUAAGAAAAGAGAAGGUGCUAAUUCACCAUCUGAUGAACGUGUUAGAAGAAUGAGACUGUUUGGUUUUUGGAGUGGACCAAAACGUCAUAGAGUUGCUUCCUUAAAUGCACUAGCCAAAGUUCACUGUUUGUACGAAAAUGAAACUGGAGGGGUGUAUCUUGGUGGUUUCUGUAAACCAAAACCUGAGAAAGAAAAACAGAAAAAAACUAAAGAAGAAAAAGAAGAACCUGUUCGUAAAGAAAAGGAAAAAAAGGUAGAAACUAAAGUAGAAGAAAAUGUCUCAAAAAGAAAACUUAGAAAUGUACCAGGGUUACGCGGAAAGCAUUGGGAUAUGUUAGAAAGUUCUUCGUCUUCGUCGUCUUCUGAUGAGGAUUGUGAACGUGAGAAAAAUGUGGAACAUAAGAAAAAAAUAAUAAAACGAAGGAAGAAAAAUGAAGAAGUAAUGGAUCUAAAAGAUAUGGUUGUUUGCAAAAGAAUGGCAAGUCUCAAUGCUACUGCCAUUUUGGCUGCUUCCUAUUCGGAUGAAAAAAAUCGUUGCGGUAGUAGUUCUGAUUCUUCCAGUGAAUCAGAAGUGGAAAUUAUUAAAAAACGUAAACAAAACGAUUCUGAUAUUGAGAAACGAAAAUCAAGGCAAAAUUCAGAACAGGAUGAUGUUUUAAAACCAUCCAAUAAACUUGUUAUUGUGAAUCAAGAUACAGAUGUUACUAUUACCGGUGUUUAUGUUAACCAAACGCGAUCUACACACCAUGAAGGUUUUUGUAGCAUUGCUGGUAUGCAGUAUAGAAUAAGUUCAACAAGUCAUACUCAAACUGCUGCUACUGCAGUUGCUACUGAGCUUCAUGAUCAGCAAAAAUUGGAACAACCAUGUAAAUCAUAUACACCAUUGGGUGCAUUAUCCUCUAUGCAACCACCAGGUACUCAAGGUAAUCAUCCAAAUAUGUCACCUCGAAGACAUUCUGCAUUUUCAGCACCACAUCAACAUGGGUAUUAUCAGCCGGCUGGACCACUGAUACAACACCCUCCAACUUUACCACCUAUUAAAGGACCUCCUCCAGAGCCUACUCCCACACCACCACAAAAUUCUGAGGGCUCAGAUGAUUUAGUUGCAACUUCCACAACUUCUGGAGGAACUAGCAGUACAGGUGGUGGGUUUUAUAGGGCAUAUUGCCCUCAAUACUAUGGUACACCACCACAGUACCCAGAUCUGUGUUAUCCACCAACAUAUUCUCAUCCGCAUACUCAUCCACCGCCUUAUUACAAAUAUGCACCAACUUAUAGAAGGUAUUUUUUCAGGCAGUAUUAUGGGUAUCAGGAAUCCGGUGGAGGCAGCGGUCCUGGUAGCGGUGCUACUGCAGGAGGUCCAGCAGUUGUUGAUUAUCAAGCACCACCACCGCCACCUGGUGACUAUCCUUUGCCUCCUUAUUAUGGAGCAUAUCCUCCACCACCACCGCCCCCACCUCCACCGCCUAAUCCGGCAUACUUGCAUUCUCAGGGAAGACCUUUUGUAGAUCAUGCAGCCUUCCAGGGUUGUCCAUGCCCGAUGCAGUCUUGUCCAAAAAACGUGGAUACUGGGCCCCUUAUUGGUAAUGGUAAGGGAGCGCCAGUGGUAUCGGGGCCCGGUCUGUCAUUGCCGCCCAGUGCUUUGGUAGGUCCGCCCUCGCCGGCGAGGGGGCUAGCCGGGCUAGCGCCACCUCACGGUGCCAAUGCCUGGGAUACGGAUCGCGUCCAACUUAACACUCAUCGCAACCUGAAUCAGAACCAACCCUCGGUCCCUCCGUCACACAAUUUAGUCGGUGGACAUAAUCGCCCACAAAAUUCGGAUUGUAAGAAUAAGGAUGAAAAAGAUUGUGCAGAGGACAAGCUACAAAAGUGUGGGUGUCAGAAACAUGCCUGUACUUCAACCUGUGAAGUUAAAAUGGAAACUCUUUCACCUACUGAAAAGCUAGCAGUGACAACCUGUCCAAGUAACAAAUUUCACAACUUUAAAUUGGAAAAUAAUAAUGUGAAAUGUGAAUCUUGCAGUGUGGAAAUGGGCGAUAAUUUAUCCUGUGUUGCAAACUGUAAUGUUAAGUGCGAAUCAGAUUACAAGUGUGAUAUAAUGAAAUGUGAACAAUGUAUGAAAGAGAGAAAUCUAGAAAUUGACAAGGAUUCUGGGAUAUUACUUGAUGAUAAAUUAGAUACAGAUCCAGAUGUUAAGGAAGAAUUGAGUGAUGUUGUUGCAAUUGACAAUGAAAAUUGGAAAAAGCCAGAUUAUGAGCCAACAGUUCAAGAAACCAUUGAAGAAACUGUGGAACAGGAAAGUAUAAAAAAGACAGAAACAGAGCAAGAGUAUUCAAAGUGUCAAAAAGUAUCAAAAAGGAAGUUAUCUUUAGAUAGUUUAUCUGAUAGCAGAAAAAAGAGGAAAGUCAGUAAAAGGACUCUUUCUGUUGGCUCUUCACAAGAUCUUAAUAAUAGUAAUUUUGCAACAAAAAUUUCUAUACCAAUCUCAUCUCUUAUAAAAAAGAUUGAUAACAAUGCUGAUGAAUGUGUUUUAAAGAAAAAGCACUCUAAAAAAGAUAAUCAGAAUCAAAAACGCAAAAUAGAGAAUUCAAAUUUUUCUGAAAAUACAAUAAAGAAGUCAAAGACUUCUAAGCAGAGUACAAGUAAUCAUAUUCCAAAUUGUUUAAAACAUGCUGCCAGUGAUAAUUCUAUUAUGGAAACUAUUAACAAUGUUAUUCAACAAAGCUUGCAGAUGACACAGAAAAAAGAUCGUAAAAAUAAAAAUGUUGAAAAAUCAGAAAAAGCAAAGCAGGAAACGAACCUAUUAUCAGCUGUAAAAAAAGUAGUUAAAAAAGUUGAUCUGGUAAAAGAAUUGGCAUCAAUGAAAUUUUCAAAGGUAAUUGCAAAAAAUGGCCAAUCUAAAAAUAAAACAGAAAUACGAACAAAAUCAAAAACACAGGAGAAAAAUAAAUGUAAAGGAAAAGGUAAAUCCAAAGCACAGGAAGCAAAGACGAAAGAUAAUAAAAAACAGGAUAGUAUAACAAAAUUUAAAGCAAAUGAGAUUCAGGAAUCCGCAAAGAAGUCAACUUCGAUUAAAAAGAAGCGAAAAAAUGUGAAGAAAGCACCUAUCAAAAAAUCUAACUCAAAAAUUGAAGAUUGUUUAGUAGGAAAUGAGAAUUUAAUAUUAACUAGAAAAACAUUUUUAAAACCCAAGUGGAGUAAUGGUUGGAGUUGGGAAGGCGAUCCAUUUGAAGCCAAAGUUUAUUUAACGAACGAAGAGUCCGCGAUACGUCGAUGUUAUGCGAGCAUGAAACAUGAAAGUGGUGAUGUAUUAAGACCUCGUGAUUGCGUUUUAUUAAAAAGUGGUCCACGAAAAGCAGAUUUACCAUUCGUAGCAAAAAUUGCCGCCUUAUGGGAAAAUCCAGAUGACGGUGAAAUGAUGUUUUCCUUGCUAUGGUACUACAGACCCGAACAUACCGAGCAAGGUAGAACUCAGUAUGAUACUGAAGACGAAGUCUUCGCUUCACGGCAUCGGGAUGCAAACAGUGUUGCUUGUAUAGAAGAUAAAUGUUAUAUUUUGACAUUCAAUGAAUAUUGUCGGUAUCGUAAAAAUUUACGAAGAAUUGAAGAGGGGUUAGAAAGUCCCGGUUUAAUAGUUCCACCCGGAGAUCAAUUAUAUCCAAGAGAAAAUCGACAACCUCCGAUACCAGUGCCCUCAGAUAUGGUCCUGUUUUGUCGACGCGUUUAUGAUUAUCGCGGUAAAAAGCUUGUUAAGAAUCCUGGAUGA